AUGGGAAGAGCACGGGCCGAAGACGACAAUUGGUUUGGUGUCCAGGAUCCGCGCAAGAGGAAGCAAAUCCAAGACAGACUAGCUCAGCGGGCAAGGAGAAGACGCCUGGCGGAGGCCAAAAAGUCCGUUGUGGCAUCCUGCCCUGACAGUCGAGGCUGCGACAGCAACUCGGACGCCUCACCAAACAGGACCAAUCCAGCGGGCUCGCUUUGCCUUGCGCCCAAGGUGCCUCGACUCCUCGCGCCGCAUCAGGCACUUGUGCCCACGAGCAAGCCAGAUACCUUUGUGACCACGUCUAUCUCUGCCUCCAUCUAUGGUGCUCUGUACCAGAACGGUGCAAUGAUGGGAAUAGCUUGUUCUGUCGUUGUCCCCAGCAAAUCCAGCCCUGUUGGACCCGACAUCCCCGAGUCGCUGCGUCCUACCGCGCUGCAACUCACCACCAUCCACCCGUCCUGGAUCGACCGGUUCCCCUUUCCGAAGAUGAGAGACAACAUGAUCACGCUGAUGGGCAUCAUUGACGAGGAGGAGUUCCUCGCCGACUUGUUCUGCCUGACGAGCUUCACCCUGAACCCCGGCGCGGCGUCCUGGGACCCCACGGCGUGGAAGAUUGGGAAGGACUUCUCGGCCAAAUGGGGCUAUCUGUUCUACUAA